CGUCGACCUAGCAAGAUACAGAGACAGCUGGCUUUGGCAGGUCCGGGGAAAUCUCCGCCAUACACAUUUAUUACCCAGGAGCGAGUGUGAGUGGAGACAGGAGUCACCAUGGGGGAACUCUUCAGGAGCGAAGAGAUGACCCUAGCUCAGCUGUUCCUCCAGUCAGAGGCAGCCUACUGCUGUGUCAGUGAACUGGGAGAACUGGGCAUGGUCCAGUUUAGGGAUCUGAACCCAGACGUCAACGUCUUCCAACGCAAGUUUGUCAAUGAAGUUCGGAGAUGUGAAGAAAUGGACCGAAAGCUGAGGUUUGUUGAGAAGGAGAUCAAGAAGGCCAGCAUCUCCCAGGUCGACACGGGAGAGAAUCCAGAGGUCCCCUUCCCCAGAGACAUGAUUGAUCUGGAGGCGACGUUUGAGAAGCUGGAGAACGAGCUGAAGGAGAUCAACACCAACCAGGAAGCCCUGAAGAAGAACUUCCUGGAGCUGACGGAGCUGAAGCACAUCCUGCGCCGCACCCAACAGUUCUUUGACGAGAUGGAGGACCCCAACCUGCUGGAGGAGUCCUCUUCCCUCAUGGAAGGGAACGAGGUGGGACGCGGGGCGGCGCUCCGCCUGGGGUUCGUCGCCGGGGUCAUCAGCCGGGAGAGGAUCCCCACCUUUGAGAGGAUGCUGUGGCGCGUGUGCCGCGGCAACGUGUUCCUGCGCCAGGCGGAUAUAGAAGACCCCCUGGAAGACCCCGCUACGGGAGACCAGGUUCACAAGUCUGUGUUCAUCAUCUUCUUCCAAGGGGACCAGCUGAAGAACCGUGUGAAGAAGAUCUGCGAGGGGUUCCGGGCGUCAUUGUACCCGUGUCCUGAGACCCCCAUGGAGAGGAAGGAGAUGCUGGCUGGAGUCAACACCCGCAUCGAUGACCUCCAGAUGGUCCUGAACCAGACUGAGGACCACCGGCAGCGGGUGCUCCAGGCGGCCUCCAAGACGAUGCGCGUGUGGUUCAUCAAGGUGCGGAAGAUGAAGGCCAUCUACCACACGCUCAACCUGUGCAACAUCGACGUGACCCAGAAGUGUCUGAUCGCCGAGGUGUGGUGCCCCGUGUCCGACCUGGACUCCAUCCAGUUCGCCCUGCGCCGCGGCACGGAGAGGAGUGGCUCCACCGUGCCCUCCAUCCUGAACAGGAUGCUGACCAAACAGACUCCGCCCACCUUCAACAAGACCAACAAGUUCACCUCCGGCUUCCAGAACAUCGUGGACGCCUACGGAAUCGGAAACUACCGGGAAAUCAACCCAGCUCCCUACACCAUCAUCACCUUCCCCUUUCUGUUCGCCGUCAUGUUCGGGGACAUGGGCCACGGCCUGCUGAUGACCUCCCUCGCCCUCUACCUGGUCAUCAGGGAGAGCCGGCUGCUCUCGCAGAAGAGCGACAAUGAGAUAUUCAACAUGGUGUUUGCCGGCCGCUACAUCAUCCUGCUGAUGGGGCUGUUCUCCAUCUACACCGGCCUCAUCUACAACGACUGCUUCUCCAAGUCCCUCAACAUGUUCGGCUCCGGGUGGAGCGUGCGGCCCAUGUUCGUCAACAAGGGAGGCAACUGGACAUUUGAGACGCUGGGUGAGAACGCAUUGCUCCAGCUGGACCCUGCCGUCCCGGGUGUGUUCAACGGACCCUACCCGCUGGGAAUCGACCCGAUCUGGAACAUCGCCACCAACAAGCUGACCUUCCUGAACUCCUUCAAGAUGAAGAUGUCCAUCAUCCUGGGGGUGACGCACAUGCUGUUUGGAGUCUCCCUCAGUCUCUUCAACCACCUGUACUUCAAGAAGCCCCUGAACAUCUUCCUGGGCUUCAUCCCCGAGAUCGUGUUCAUGUCCAGCCUGUUCGGCUACCUGGUGCUGCUGGUCUUCUACAAGUGGACGGCCUACGACGUGUUCAGCUCCAAGGACGCGCCCAGCCUGCUCAUCCACUUCAUCAACAUGUGUCUGUUCAACUACAACGACCCCACCAACAAGCCUCUGUACCGGGGACAGAUGGGGAUCCAGAUUCUGCUGGUGCUGAUAGCCCUAGCAUGCGUUCCCUGUAUGCUGAUAGCCAAAACCCUGGUGCUCCGGCGACAGCACUUGUGGAAAGCCAAGCUGGCCCUGAAGCGGGCAGAAGCGGUUGCGGAGAGUCUAGCGCAGCCGUCUUUAGAGCAAACAGGCGCGUCCUCAUCCGUCUCCGGACUCACCCAACAGGGCACCCAGAAGUUUGGGGGCGUGCGCGUGGGCAACGGCCCCACGGAGGACGAGGCUGGCAUCGUCGAUCAUGACCAGCUCUCCCAGCACUCGGAGGACGGAGACGAGCAUGCGGAGGAAGAGCCGUUUGACUUCGGGGACGUGGCCGUCCACCAGGCCAUCCACACCAUAGAGUACUGUCUGGGCUGCAUCUCCAACACUGCCUCCUACCUCCGGCUCUGGGCCCUCAGCCUCGCGCACGCACAGCUGUCGGAGGUGCUGUGGACCAUGGUCAUGCACCUGGGCCUGGCGUCCAGCAGCGGGGGCGGCUUCUUCGCGCUGACCAUCAUCUUCGCGGCCUUCGCCGUGCUCACAGUCUGCAUCCUGCUCAUCAUGGAGGGACUGUCGGCCUUCCUGCACGCCCUGCGUCUUCACUGGGUGGAGUUCCAGAACAAGUUCUACUGCGGCCAGGGCUUCAAGUUUGUUCCAUUCUCCUUCGAGAGCAUCCUUGACGGCCGCUUCGACGAGUGAAAAAAACAAACAAGAGGAUCCCCAAGCAUUCCUUCCAUGUGUGUGAACGUCUUCGUUUGUGUAUGGGCAUGAUUGCACUGCAGGUCCUCUCUCGCCCUCUAGUGCACAUAAAGUGUUUGUGUUGGUCGGAACCCUUAUGAGAGAUAAUUUCACUAUCAUGUUACGUGACUGUGUUAAAGCUGCUUUUCCGUGGUAAUAAAGUAGGGGGAAAAAAACGUCACAUUAAUAAUUAUUAUUUAUUUACAUUCCAAAAAACAGAGUUGAAGUACAAGCUUCCAAGGCUUAAACUUCGUACUUAUUAAAAGAUAAAUAUAAGACGGAUUGAUCGAUGAUGGAAAAUCCAACAUUCACUGCCACAGGGUAAAACCAAGAUUCGAUUGGCCAAUGGUUAGGCGAGAACUGCAUAUUUCCACAAUCCACACAAAUCAUAGUAUAAUGCAUGGCUGCCCCUACUACCUUUA